GGAAGAACGUCAUAUGCUCGAGGCUGAAAAGAGAUUUGCUGUUAGACGCAACGCAGAUGAAAUUCAUGCGAGAUACGAAGAGUAUUUCAGGUUUGCACAGCAAGAGUUGGAGGAGAAGUUGCAGGUUGAGUUGAGGGAUACAGAUGAGAAACGCAACAAGGAACUGCAAAAGGCCAUCGUAAAAGCGCGAAUAGAUACAACGCACGACGUGUUAAGAAAAAUACGGCCUCAAAUAAACUUGAUCGUUACGUCUCUCUACAAUGAGUUUGAGCAAAUUCAUCGCGCGCAAAGAGAAAAGAUGAUUGCUGAUUUUAAUAAGAUCAUGAGGAAACAGUAUCUCAAACAGGAUGUAAAAAUCAGAGAAAUUGAGAAGAAGAAAAUGGAAGAGUUGCAUGUCCAACGUCGUGAACUCGAGAUACAAAAUGUAAUGAAUAUUAUUUAUAUUUUUUGCAUGGAAAAAUUACGUUGCAGCUCGCAACUGCAAGCGGUACAGAAACAUUUUGAGGUAAAUAUAUUAUCUGUUUCGAAUGGAAAUUUGAAAUGUAUCUGUACUUACGUAUCUUUCUUUUCAUCAAAACGAUUAGAUGAAAUGUUAAAAGAGAAGUUGAAAGAUAUAUCUUAUCUAACAUAUCUUAUCUUACUUUAUGAUAAAUGCAUUUUUUAUAAAAUGCCCUGAUGGAAAUAUUUUACUGAAAAUAUGAAUAAAAUUUUACU